AUGACCAAAGCCACCUCGUCUAGUUGGCAGUACAAGCCCAUGGAGAAGCCCUCGAGCGCAACGUGGCAAGGCGACAUCUCGGCCAGGGACUUGGCUAAGCUUGUUGACGGCGUGAUACCGAGGGCAAUGGAAGACAAGUGGUUCAUCUACGCCGACGCUGCCGAUGGCCAGGGCAGAGUCGCCAUUCACUUUUGCCGCAGCUGGACGGGCGCCGAAGUGGUGCUUCUCAACAUUGUGGUUUCUCUUGACGCUGCUGGUUCUGUUGACAUGGACGCCCCCGCAAGGGUGUCGGGGGUUACUUGGGAGAGUCGUGGCCAAGACGAGACAGAGGCCAAGCUGUUGGUGCGAGAUCUUUGCAGUGACCUCCUGGGCUGCGACUUUGCACGGCAGCUGUGA